UACAUAUAUUCUAUUUACAAAUAAUUACCAUGGAUACAGAAACCGCUUCGACUUUAAGAUUUUUCCAUUAUAUUCCAAGUAAACCUCUUGGUAUCGUUGGUCUAAUCGUGUUCAUAGUGAUUGCGCUGUUCCUGUUCGUUCGUAUUUUCCGAUCCAAAAGUCGUCUGUUCUUGUAUAUCUUACCUUGUACCGCUGUUGCAGAAUGUAUUGGUUAUCUCAUUCGAGCCCUUUGUUCAUCUGGUGAAACAACUAUGGGCAAAUACAUCAUCAUGACCAUGUUUUUAUUAUUGUCCCCAAAUGCGUUAGCCUUAGUCAACUACAAAGCUUUAGGAGAAGUCAUUAAACUAUCAAACAUCGAAAAUGCGCCUUUUUACUUGCGACCCAAGUUUGUUACAUGGUUUUUCUUUUCUAGUGACAUAUUUUCUUUCCUGUUGCAAGGAUCGGGAGGUGGAAUGCAAACAACUGCUGCUAAUGCCGAUUUAGGUAAACAAAUUACUCUCGUAGGUCUUGCUAUCCAGUUAGUCUUUUUCGCAGCUUUUAUCCUCAUUACCGUACAUGUCCACCGUAGUCCCAAAUACGACUAUAGCAUCGAAGGUCAACCCAACGCAAAAAGAAAUAUGAUGAGAUGUCUCUAUAUCACCCUUAUUCUGUUAUAUGUCCGUUCUAUUUACCGUAUCGCUGAAUAUGCUACUGGCUAUGAUGGCGUCAUUGCAAGAGCUGAAUGGGCUUUCUAUGUGUUUGAUGGACUUGCAAUUGCAAUCAGUUUUGUUUUCUACAGUGUAUUAUUUAUGGGCAACUAUCUCCCCAAACGCAAUGAAGUUAAUGGCGGUGGACUUGUUAAAAGACUUUCUUCUGAAUCCACAAGCGUAGAUAACUUGACACAUGUCGACAAUGGAUUUGAAAUGCGCCAGACUAGAGACAAGUACUCUUCCAAUAAUGUGUAGAUUUGACACCGUAAAUACCAUGUCAAUUAUAUUUUGCUAGACUUUAUCUAUAUAAAUGCCUACUCCCUUAUCUAACAUAUACUAUAUAAAUACUUAAAAACCAUUACAAUAAAUUCACAGAAAUUUUUUUUUUAAAAAAA